CCGACUGUAACCCUCAGCCAUUUUUUGUUGUCACUAACAAGCGUCUUCAAAAGUGACGCUUCGUUCUUCGUCUCAGCGCUCAUUUUCAAGCCUUUAAUCGAGCUUCCUCGCAAGGAAAAGCCUUGCAAACAUGUCUGACUUCAUUGAGAGCGAGGCUGAGGAGUCAGAGGAGGAGUUUGAGGAGAAAGACCUGAAGCCCAAAAAGCAGCAGAGAUUUAUGGAAGAUGAUGAAGAAGAGGAAGAAGAGAAUACUGAAGAUCAGGAUGAGCAUGGAAACCUGAGAGGACUCAUUGAUGAUGGCGAUGUGGAAGAGGAAGAACCGCAGAGUGCGAGAGAGGAUAGUGACUCUGGUGAAGAGGUCCGUCAUCGCCGGAGAAAACGAAGUUAUGAUGACUAUCUUGAUGAUGAUGAUCUGGACCUCAUCGAGGAGAAUUUAGGAGUAAAAGUGAAGAGAAGGAAAAAGAAAUACUCGCGUGUGAAAACCAUGGAUGAUGAGGGUGAAGAUGAUGAGAAAGACCUGAUCGCUGAUGAGAUCUUCACUGGGGAUGGUGACGGAGAUGGAGAGGUGGAGGACGGAGAGGCUGUGGACACACUUCACCCAAGAGAUGACGAAGAGGGGGAAGAUGAUGAGGAAUCUGAUAUUGAUGAUUUCAUUGUGGAUGAUGAUGGGCAGCCCAUCACUAAAAAGAAGGGAAAGAAAUUCUCUGGCUACACUGAUGCUGCCUUGCAAGAAGCUCAAGAGAUAUUCGGUGGCGACUUUGACUUUGCUGAGUUCGACACUGAGGCAUAUGAUCAUGCGGAAGAGGAAGAGGAGGAUCAGGAUGAUGAGUCAUGGGAUCGGCCAAAGAAGCAGACCAAGAGAAGAGUUGGCCGCCGUAGCAUAUUUGAGAUCUAUGAGCCCAGUGAGCUGGAGAGCAGCCAUAUGACUGAUCAGGACAAUGAGAUCCGCUCUACAGACAUGCCAGAAAGAUUCCAGUUGAGGGCCAUCCCUGUAAAGCCUGCUGAGGAUGAUGAACUGGAGGAAGAAGCUGAAUGGAUUUACAGGAAUGCCUUCUCCACACCGACCAUCUCCAUGCAGGAGAGCACAGACUACCUAGAUCGUGGGACAGCCACUAAUUUCAGCAGAAAGGGCCCCAGUACUAUUGCUAAAAUCAAAGAAGCUUUGAACUUUAUGAGGAACCAACACUUUGAGGUUCCCUUCAUUGCAUUCUACAGGAAGGAGUAUGUGGAACCAGAGCUGAACAUUAAUGAUCUGUGGAAGGUGUGGCAAUGGGAUGAGAAGUGGACUCAGCUGAAGACCAGGAAGCAGAACCUGACACGUCUUUUCCAGAGGAUGCAGUCUUAUCAGUUUGAGCAGAUCUCAGCUGACCCUGACAAGCCACUGGCCGACUCAACUCGUCCUCUAGACACUACUGAUAUGGAGAGACUGAAAGACGUCCAGUCUCUUGAUGAGCUGGGAGACGUCUACAACCACUUCCUGCUCUACUAUGGCCGAGACAUUCCUAAGAUGCAGAAUGCAUCCAAGGCCAACAAAAAGAAACUGAAAAAGAUCAAGGAAGUGUCAGAGGAAGAUGGGGAAGAGGCAGAAGUGGAGGAGGAAGAGGAAGAAGAGGAGCAAAAGGGUCCAGAUCUAAAACAAGCUUCCCGUAGAGAUAUGUACAGCAUCUGUCAGAGUGCAGGCCUUGACGGUCUUGCCAAGAAGUUUGGUCUGACCCCAGAGCAGUUUGGAGAAAACUUGCGAGACAGUUAUCAGAGGCACGAAACCGAGCAGUUUCCUGCAGAGCCUUUGGAGCUAGCCAAGGACUAUGUGUGCAGCCAAUUUAACACCCCGGAGGCUGUUCUGGAAGGCGCUCGCUACAUGGUGGCCAUGCAGAUAGCCCGUGAACCUCUGGUUAGGCACGUGCUCAGACAGACCUUCCAGGAGAGGGCCAAGAUUAACAUCAAGCCAACUAAGAAGGGCAAGAAGGAUGUGGAUGAAGCGCACUAUGCCUAUUCCUUCAAGUACCUGAAGAACAAGCCUGUGAAGGAGCUCAAUGGAGAUCAGUUCUUGAAGAUGUGCCUUGCUGAGGAGGAAGGCCUGCUCGCCAUAGACAUCUGCAUUGACCUUGUGGGAGUCAAAGGGUACGGAGGAGAUCAGACCUACUUUGAUGAGAUUAAGCAGUUCUACUACAGGGAUGAGUUCAGUCACCAGGUGCAGGAAUGGAACAAGCAGAGAACUCUUGCUAUUGAACGUUCCUUGCAGCAGUUCCUGUAUCCUCAGAUGGCCAAGGAACUGAAAAACAAGCUUGUUGCUGAAGCCAAGGACAAUAUUAUUAAGUCUUGUUGCAAGAAGCUGUAUAAUUGGUUGAAGGUGGCUCCUUAUCGGCCUGAUCAGCAGGUAGAGGAGGACGAUGACCUCAUGGAUGAGUCGCAAGGAAAGGGUAUCCGUGUACUUGGGGUGGCAUUUGCUUCCGGCAGAGAUACACCAGUGUUCUGCUCCCUCCUUAAUGGUGAAGGAGAGGUUGUGGACUUCCUCAGGCUUCCUUAUUUCCUGAAGAGGAGAAAUGCAUGGAGAGAAGAUGAAAGAGAGAAAAAGCUUCAAGAUAUUGAAAACCUCAAGAAAUUCCUCCUUAGUAAGAAGCCACAUGUUGUUGCUGUUGCUGGGGAGAAUCGUGAUGCUCAUAUGGUGAUGGAGGACAUCAAGCGCACCAUCAGUGAGCUGGAGCAGGACUCCUCUCUGCCUGCUGUGGGAGUGGAGCUGGUGGACAAUGAGUUGGCUGUGCUUUAUAUGAACAGCAAGAAGUCUGAGGCGGAUUUCAGGGACUAUCCACCUCUGCUUCGGCAGGCUGUGUCUGUGGCUCGCAAAAUUCAGGACCCCCUAGUGGAGUUUGCCCAAGUCUGCAGUAGCGAUGAAGACAUCCUGUGUUUGAAACUGCAUCCCCUGCAGGAGCAUGUAGUGAAAGAGGAGUUGCUGGGCGCUCUUUACUGUGAGUUCAUAAACCGGGUGAAUGAGGUUGGUGUGGAUGUGAACCGGGCCAUUGCUCACCCUUACACCCAGAGCCUGGUCCAGUACAUCUGUGGCCUCGGAACUAGAAAAGGCUCACACCUGCUCAAGAUUCUUAAACAGAACAACACUAGGUUAGAGAACCGAACCCAGUUGGUCACCAUGUGCCAUAUGGGACCCAAAGUCUUCAUUAACUGUGCUGGCUUCAUCAAGAUCGACACCGCCUCUCUUGGAGACAGCACUGACUCCUAUAUCGAGGUCUUGGACGGUUCUCGAGUGCACCCUGAAACGUACGAGUGGGCACGUAAAAUGGCAGUGGAUGCUCUAGAGUACGACGAGUCGGCAGAAGAUGCCAACCCAGCCGGAGCGCUAGAGGAGAUCCUUGAGAACCCAGAGAGACUCAAGGACCUGGAUCUGGAUGCCUUCGCUGAGGAGCUGGAGAGACAGGGUUAUGGUAAUAAGGGAAUUACACUGUAUGACAUCCGAGCGGAGCUCAGCUGUAGAUAUAAAGAUUUGAGAGCCCCGUACAGGCCUCCCAACAUGGAGGAGGUCUUUAACCUGCUCACCAAGGAGACUCCUGAGACCUUCUAUAUUGGCAAACUGAUCACAUGUGUGGUGACUGGCAUUGCUCACAGACGGCCACAAGGUGAGAGUUAUGACCAGGCCAUCCGUAAUGAUGAGACGGGUCUCUGGCAGUGUCCAUUUUGCCAGCAGGACAACUUCCCUGAGCUCAGUGAGGUGUGGAAUCACUUUGACAGCGGCUCCUGCCCUGGUCAAGCCAUCGGAGUGAGAACUAGGUUAGAUAACGCUGUCACAGGCUUCAUACCGACAAAGUUUCUUAGUGACAAGGUGGUGAAGCAUCCUGAGGAGAGAGUCAAGGUUGGCAUGACCGUGCACUGCCGCAUCAUGAAGAUUGACAUCGAGAAGUUCAACGUGGAUCUCACUUGUAGAACAUCUGACCUGAGUGACAAGAACAAUGAAUGGAAGCUUCCCAAAGAUACCUACUAUGAUUUUGAUGCUGAGACAGAUGAUGUGAAACAGGAAGAGGAGCAAAAGAAGAAACAGCAAAGAACCACUUACAUUAAGCGAGUAAUCGCUCACCCGUCCUUCCACAACAUCAACUUCAAACAAGCGGAGAAGAUGAUGGAAUCCAUGGACCAAGGUGAUGUGGUGAUUCGGCCCAGCAGUAAAGGGGAGAACCACCUGACGGUCACAUGGAAGGUGGCUGAUGGGAUCUAUCAGCAUGUAGACGUCCGUGAGGAGGGUAAAGAGAAUGCGUUUAGCCUUGGACAUACUCUUUGGAUCAACAAUGAGGAGUUUGAGGAUCUGGAUGAAAUCACAGCCAGGUAUGUCCAGCCCAUGGCUGCAUUUGCACGAGAUCUGCUCAGCCACAAAUACUUCCAGGAGUGCAAUGGAGGUGAUAGGAAGUUUGCCUUUUGUGUUUUGUUUUAUAGGAUAGAGUAUGUAACCAUCACUCCAGAUGGCUUUAGGUAUCGCUCUCAGAUGUUCCCUUCAGUCAAUGGUCUUUUCCGCUGGUUCAAGGACCACUACCAGGAUCCUGUGGCAGGCGUCACACCAACCAGCAGCAGAACGAGAACACCAGCAUCAGUGAACGCCACACCUGCCAACAUCAACAUUGCCGACUUGACUCGAGCCGUCAACGCUCUCCCGCGAAACAUGACAUCCCAGAUGUUCAGUGCCAUAGCAGCGGUUACAGGCCAGGGCCAGAAUCCCAACACGACGCCGGCCCAGUGGGCCUCCAGUCAGUAUGGUUACAGUGGCGGCAGCAGUGCAGGAGGUGGCGGCAGCAGCAGCGCUUAUCAUGUGUUUGCAACGCCCCAGCAGCCGAUGGCCACGCCCAUGAUGACGCCCAGCUACUCUUACACCACACCUAGCCAGCAGCAGGCCAUGACCACACCCCAGUAUCCCAGCAGCACCCCACAAUCCUCACACGGACACCAUCAGCAUUCGUCCUCCACACCAUCGUCCUCAUCAUCGAGAGUGCGGACACCACAGCCCAAGACAAGUUCCCACACCGCCGUGGAUUGGGGUAAGAUGGCUGAACAGUGGCUGCAGGAGAAAGAAGCCGAGCGGCGGAAGCAAAAGACGCCCCGCAUGACGCCCCGACCUUCACCCAGCCCCAUGAUCGAGAGCACGCCCAUGUCCAUCGGCGGAGACGCCACUCCCCUCUUGGACGAGAUGGACCGAUAGGAGUAGGGAAGGGGGUGUUCAGACAUCUCGUAUAAAACCCAAUCCAUCCACAUCCCAUCUCUCACCCUCCGUCUUUUGCUCUUUCGCAGCUAGAAGCAUUUCUUUGAGUCGUUCAGAGCUUCUGAUACAAAGACAAACAUUUGAAAUGUGGUGACGACAAGCAGAUUUAGGAAAUGGACCUACAAUAAACGUUUGUCAUGAGGGUUAUCUUUUUUUUUUUUCUUUUUUUUUUUUUGUAUGUGCUAAUGCACCCCCUUUUUCAUUUCAGUUUUUAAACUAAAUUUAAAAGGAAAGGCUUAAAGUGUAAGACGUUGCAUGAUUUGUGCCCAUGGGAGCUGGUAUUCAAUCAGCGUAAAAUCAUUAGUUCAGACCCACUCAGAGAGCUUUUCUUUUUGUAUCUGGCUUAAACAUUUAAAUAAAACCCUGUUUCAGUAUGAACCAGAGCACUGUAAUAUUUCGAAAUCUGUGUUCUGUUGAGCUGUUACGCAAAGAAUUAAGCACUGGGAAGCUUGGUUAAUCUAUUUAGCAACUCAUUUAUCAGCUAAAAAUGAAGUAUGUGACUAAAAGCGAUCCUGUAAAUGUCAUGUUUUUUGUGAUCAUUACAGUGAUCAGAAUAUGCAUUUUAAAUUCAAAACCUUGAAGAAUGAUGUUUUUAAGGUCAUCUUUGAGUUCUCAGAGUUCAGAAUCAGAUAUCACUUUUCAUAAUGUGCUUCUACAAGUAAACUGAACUAUUGUGCUAAAAAAUACUGAGACCUCUGAUCAGUUUUUUUGCUUUUUCAGUUUGGGGGCUGUUUGUGUUUGUGAAUGUAUCUUUGCUGGGCCAGGCUUCAAGGUGUUUGUACACAUGCUGUUUUUAACAGUGUCUUUCCUUCAUGUACAAUCCCGUGUAUCGCUAUAGACCGAAAUUGUUACAUUUAAGCAAAGUGAACUUUAUGAACAGGCUCCUUAUACUGUGACAGUAUUUUCACAGCAAACAUAGUUAUGAUCCCCCACAACCAGUAUAGUGAAUCUUUCAAGUUCUGUGGAAGUGUUUCUGACCUGAUCAUGUGUUCUUUUAGUAUUGAGGCUAAACUAUGCCUUUAGGUCAGGAUGGGAAGUGAGCUCAGUGUCUAAAGCAUUCUGUUCCGUGUAUUUCACUGCUGACAUCCAUUUCUUUCCUUUGAUAAAGUUGUCCAAAUGAAA